ACACGUACAAAUUUUUUGAGCUCACUCAAGUUGGUCUCGUUUACACCUCUAACGAUUUCAUGCUUGACUAUGGUUGUCAAAUUAGAUCUGUGUUCACAAAUAACUUGUGUUUAACCCGACAAACAAAAGAGUUAAACAUAAACAGUUUUUUUGUAUUCGAAAUAUAAAUGAGUCGAACACGAAUAAUCGUAUUUCUCAACGAGCAUAACACGAGCUAGCCCAUGCUUGGAGAUUGAUGAUAAAUUUUAAACCCAACCCAACGAUGGGCUUCGUGCACAGAAACCGAGCCACAGCUGGAACCUUGACGUGCUAGCUCUGUGGUCGGGCAUGGAAGCUCCACGUAAGCCGUUUAACAGAUAGGAUCCAAACUACGCGGCCGAGAGUGGAUAACGAAAAUGGUUGGCCCAUCUUCUCCAACACUCCAUCCCCAUUAAACAAACGAACUGCAAGCCAAUACUGACUGAAACAUCAAUAUGUUAAUAUUUUUUUCAGAUUGCAGGUUUCAGAGAUUUCUCCAUUUUGGCCUUCUCCUUCAUUCCCUUCGUCCUCGCUCCAAAUCGAGGAGACAUGAACUAUUAAAAAUUCUAACUUGAGGUUGGAGGUCUCUGUAUUGGCGUGCGGAAUGAAUGCCCUAGGGUUUCAGAGGUUUGUUCUUGCAAUGGAGUAGGUAGCAUGGAGGCUUCAAAAGAGGAGUCGAGCUGGGAGACGUUGUCCACCUCUAGGGUUCUUGGACAUUGGACGCAUCAUCGCAGGCCUAAUUAGUGGAUUCCGAUUUAUCAGCUGCCGAACUUCUAUGGACGAUGAGGCGGAGGAGGAUGAUUGUCUCGUCAAGUUCUAUCAAGGAAGAAGCUUUGAUGUCGGACUGAAGACUUUCGAUCAUGUUGAUCAGAAUCCCAGCGAGGUGAGUCUGAGGGAAUGGUUGGAUCAACCCAAGCGGUUGGUAGACUUGGUAGAGUGCCUUCAUAUAUUCCGGCAGGUGGUCGAAACGGUGAACAUUGCUCAUUCUCUGAAUGUGGUGCUGAACAACGUCAGGCCAUCUUGUUUUGUGAUGUCGAGCUUUUACAGUGUUUCCUUCAUUGAAUCCGCUUCUUGCUCGAGCUCGGCUUCAGAGUCUUCUUCUGGAGAGGAAGAUAGCGGUAGAGAUGGUGGUACUGCUGGAGAUAAGCAGGUGGCCGCUGUUACAGAAUUGGCUUCAGUGGAGGAAUUGGAAGGAAAGAAGGGAUUGGAUGUGGUGAUUGAGGUUGGGGAGAGGAGGGACUUCCCUCUUAAAAAGAUAUUGAAUUUGGAGUUUAAUUGGUACAGAAGCCCUGAAGAAGUUGAAGGAGGGAAAAUUACCUUUGCUUCGGAUAUAUAUAAAUUAGGUGUUCUUCUUUUUGAGUUAUUCUGCACGUUUGACACUUUAGAAGAGAAGAUUAGCAAAAUGGCCAACUUGAAACACCGGGUGCUUCCACCACAAAUGCUAUUCAAGUGGCCAAAGGAGGCUUCAUUUUGCCUGCAAUUGUUGCACCCGCGGCCUAAUAGUCGUCCUACAACGAGCGAAUUGUUACAAAGCGAGCUCUUUAAUGAAAUAAAGGACAGUGUUGGAGAGCUUGAAGCAGCUAUUAAGUUGAACGAAGGGAUUGAAGAGCAAGAGUUAACCCUAGAUUUCCUUCAGCUCCUGCAAAGAAGAAAACAAGAAGCUGCUGAUAAAUUACAUGAUACCUUUGUUAUGCUCAGUGCUGAUAUAGAAGAAGUUGCUAAGCAGAGAUCAGCCAUCAUGAAGAGUGGAUGCUCAUUUUUAGAACAGGAGAAAAACCAUAAACCAAUUCAUAAAUUUGAGUGUCCAAUACCUUUUUAUGAAAUGAAUGAAGAUUCUUCUUUAGGUUCUAGGAAGCGCAUUAGGCAGGGACAUGUUGGUUGUGUUGUAGAGAAUGAGGAGAUGCAUUUUGGUCAUAGAGCUGAGGCUAAUCAGGAGAUCCAAGAUAAGGCUCUAUCAAAAAGUUGUCGAAUCAUGAAAAACUUACAGAACUUCGAAGCAGCUUAUUUUUCAUCAAGAUGCAGUUCCGUGAACCCCGUUGGCAAACUUAAUAGAAGUAAGUUAGUUGCUCCUAAUCUUGGUAGUAGAUCAACUAUGAAAAAUGUGGGGAAUUCAGUUAAUUACUUAGCUUCUAAGGAAGGCAUUUGUGGAAGAAGAAUGGGUCAAUGGAUUAAUCCCUUCUUUGAGGAUUUGUGCAAGUACCUAUCUUUCAGCCAAUUUAAAGUUCUUGCAGAACUAAGGCAGAGAGAUCUUCUAAACUCCUCUAAUUUAAUUUGCUCCCUGGCAUUUGACCGGGACAAGCAAUUUUUUGCAACUGCUGGUUUAAAUAGGAAGAUUAAAGUUUUUGAAUUUGAUGCAAUUAUAAAUCAAGACCGUGAUAUGCAUUAUCCAGUGAUUGAGAUGGCGAGUAGAUCAAAACUUAGCAAUGUUUGCUGGAAUGGCUACAUAAAGAAUCAGAUUGCUUCAAGCGACUUUGAAGGGGUUGUGCAGGUAUGGGAUGUCACAAGAAGUGAAGUCCUCCUUGAAAUGAGAGAGCAUGAGAAGCGGGUGUGGUCUGUUAACUAUUCACUAGUAGAUCCAACUAAGUUGGCCAGUGGAAGUGAUGAUGGCACUGUGAAGCUCUGGAAAAUCAAUCAGGGAGGAAGCACUGGUACUAUCAGAACAAAGGCAAACGUAUGUUCAGUUGAGUUUCCACCUGAUACUUCUGGCAUACUGGCUAAUGGGUUUGCCGAUCAUUAUAUUUUAAUCUACUGCUAUGAUCUUCGCAAUAUGAGUCUUCCAUUGCGUACAUUUGUUGGCCAUUCAAAGACUGUGAGCUAUGUUAAGUUUGUUGAUUCAUCUACCCUUGUGUCUUCAUCAACGGACAACUCAUUGAAGCUUUGGGACCUCUCCGUGAGUACAUCAAGGAUCCUUGACAAUCCCAUUCGGACAUUCACAGGGCAUACAAAUGUGAAGAAUUUUGUGGGUUUAUCCAUUUCUGAUGGAUAUAUUGCUACUGGAUCAGAAACAAAUGAGGUUUUUAUAUACCAGAAAGCUUUCCCCAUGCCCGUUUUUUCAUACAAAUUCGGCGGCAUCGAUCUCAUAUCCGGCUUCGAAGCUGAUGAUGCCAACCAAUUCGUCUCCUGUGUCUGUUGGAGGGGCCAAUCUUCUGAUCUGGUUGCAACGAAUUCGAACGGGAACAUCAAAGUUCUGGAGAUGGUGUAAUUCUCAUUUCCUUUCAUCAUGAUUCGUUGCAUUCAGUUACUGAAAAUUUUCUUCGCUGCACCGCCUGAAUGUCGAUGCUUCUCGAGCCGUCGAUUAAGAUGCUGACAUAAUACUGUAUGAUAGAAAAGAAAAAAAACAAAAGAAUGAUAUAUAGGAAUAUAAAUUCAUUUAGACCAGUACUUGUUUUUCUGUUUAUUUAUAAUUUUUGCAAGAAAACCUAUAUGAAGCUGCAUGUCAGAACUUCUGUACAGUGAAGCAGACAACAUUUAGUUCUACUUACAGAACCAUAGAGCGAGCAAUGGCAGUCUCAAAGUUUACUGUAAUCAGAAAUGUAUAUUGUUUCUUGUCUAUCAUUUUAUGUUUUGGAUAGUAAAAUGUGAAUCAUAAUUAGUUUGAUGAGUUUGAGUUUGUUU